AUGACCAACAACAAGAUGACCAAAUCCAACAUGCCAGCUACAGUGAGCAAUGCUCUUACCGAAUCGCAGAGACGAGGACUCUUCCAGAACACCACAGACUCUGCUUCCGCUACCAUUGGGGUUGAUGAGCGAGGGGAACGGGCUCAACUUACUGAAGGGCGGGCUUCGAUGUGGCCACAGUUGUCGCUGUCAGGCCGUGCCCAAACACAAAGGGAGUCUCUAGCGGCAAUUCUCGACGAAGCUCUGGCGCUGCUUGACGAAGAAUUGUUUGACGACGACGACGCGGGGGGCGAAUCCGUUGGCUCUAGUCAGUGA